AUGCAAGUGCUUCAUUCUUUAAUGGGUGUUAAUAUGCGACUCAGCAAAAUUAUACGUGAUCCAAUUUUUACUGGUCGUUUAACAUUUGUGAAAUGGUCAUUUAAUAAAUUUAUUGAUCCUCUAUCUGAUACAAUUGUUGAUCGAUUUUGUCGACAAAUAUUGCCUCAAAUUCAUCAUAAUGUCAAAUGGCUUGACGUUGAACCAUUAUCUAUGGGACCUAUUUUCCUUGCUGGCAAAUAUCCAAAUUUAUAUGGACUUGGUAUUUACAAUAUUAGAGAAGGGAUAAUUCAGCGUCUCUGUCAUGGUAAGAAAUUCAACUUUAGUUGUUUCUAUCUCAUUGAAACGUGA